UUACAUAAAUAGGUAGGUUACAGACCGGUGUUGUUGUUUAGUUCCUCUUCUGCCACGCUCCGUGUUUCCAUCGACAGAAACGCCAUGAACCAGCUCGUCUUUCCCGUCCUCGCGGCUCUGUUCGCCGUGGGCUUGGGGAGUUUGGUGGGGGGGCCCCAAGACAUCGAUAUCAGCGAAGCGCAGGACGCCCUCGACUUCGCCGUCGUCAAACACAACAGAGGUUCCAACGACUUGUUCCAGAGCCAGGUGGCUAAAGUGAUCAGGGUCCAGAGACAGGUGGUCGCUGGCUACAAGUACAUCAUCACUGUGCAAAUGGCCAAGACCCCCUGCAGAAAGAACGAUGCUGCAAAUGAAGUGUGCGCCAUCUACCAAGACCCAGCCUCUGCUCAGCCUUACGUGUGCACAUUCAGCGUGUGGAGCCGCCCGUGGCUUAAUGACAUCCAGAUGGUGGGUGAGAAGUGCUAGACGGAGAACUGCGAGGGAAACCUUCAGCGUGGGCAACGUUUGCAAAAAUAACCUUGAUGCAAAAGCAAUACUUUGUACUAGACAACCAGCAAAUGUAUUAACAUUUCCACUUUCCUUUGCUUUUUCACUGUAUGUUAGAUUGACUGACACCUGACAGUUGUAUUGUGUCAAAUUACAGAACAACCUAUGCAGUAUUAUAGUGCACUUAGUUAUGCAUAAUCAUUAAAUCAAGCAAACUGCAAAUAAUGUGUGUUGAACUACUUUGUUGUUACCUAAAAACCUAAUAAAGAAAUGAUGAUUAAAGCUG